GGUCAGACAUACGCAGAGAAACGGGCUGCUGGUGGCGAAGAUGGCGGAUGGGGAUAGCGGUAGUGAGCGCGGUGGCAGCAGCGGCGGCGGAGGGGGAGGAAGCGGCGGAUUUCAGCAUUACCAGCGGGAGCCAGAGACCCAGGAGCUGGCGUCGAAGCGGCUGGACAUUCAGAACAAACGGUUCUACCUUGACGUGAAGCAGAACGCCAAAGGCCGGUUCAUCAAAAUCGCAGAGGUCGGCGCUGGGGGCUCUAAAAGUCGUUUGACCCUCUCCAUGUCAGUUGCUGCCGAGUUCCGCGACUAUCUGGGGGAUUUUAUAGAGCACUACGCCCAACUCGGGCCUAGCACCCCGGAGCAGAUCGCUCAGUCGUCCGGCGGCGAUGACAGCGGGCCUCGGCGGGCCUUGAAGAGCGAGUUUCUGGUGCGCGAGAACCGCAAAUACUACCUCGACCUGAAGGAGAACCAGCGGGGUCGCUUUCUCCGGAUCCGACAGACCGUCAACCGGGGCACCGGUUUCGGGGUGGGAGGCAUCCCCGGCGCCGGCAUGCAGUCCGGCCAAACCAUCGCGCUGCCGGCCCAGGGGCUGAUCGAGUUCCGCGACGCUCUGGCCAAGCUGAUCGACGACUACGGGGGAGACGACGACGAGCUGGCCGGCGGCGGAGGCGCCGGCGGCUACACCGAGCUUCCGGAGGGCACGUCUAUCAUGGUGGACUCCAAGCGCUUCUUCUUCGACGUGGGCUCCAACAAGUACGGCGUCUUCCUGCGGGUGAGCGAGGUGAAGCCCAGCUACAGGAACUCUAUCACCAUCCCCUUCAAGGCGUGGAGCAAGUUCGGGGGAGCGUUCAGCCGCUACGCCGAGGAGAUGAAGGAGAUCCAGGAGCGGCACCGGGACAAGAUGUACGAGCGGAGGACCGGAGAGGAGUCCGAGGGGGACGACGUGGACGACGAUUGACGCGGAGGGGGGAGAGAGGAGAGGCGGCCGCCUGGAGCUGUUGCUGCGCUUUGAGGGGUCGACAACACGGCGCGGAGCCCGGAGACGAACCGAGGAGAGGAGCGGCUAUUUUUCCUGCAUGACGAACCGAACAGUAAAAUGCUAAAACAGAGUUUAAAAGAAAAAAAAAGAAGAAACAAAAAAAACAUAAAAGUA